AAUGUCUGUAUCAUUAAACCAGAUGUGUAGUGAAGUCACUGUAAACAUCAACAUGCUCAUCGAGAUCAGUCAGAAAGCAGCUGGAUGUGUUGAUGGUGAUGUUAAUAUGAGUGAUGUUGAUGAUGACGAGUGUUUUGUUUCUGCAGAGGUGUUGGUGAGCAGCGCGAAAGCAGAUUUCACAUUACAGGACGCACACAGAAACACAGCCCUGCAUCUGGCCUGCAGUAAGGGACAUGAAACCAGUGCCUUGUUAAUUCUUGAGAAGGUCACGGACAGAAACCUCAUCAACUGCACAAACGCAGCGCUGCAGACGCCGCUACACGUUGCCGCUCGUAACGGGCUCACGGUGGUCGUGCAGGAGCUGCUGGGUAAAGGAGCCAGUGUCCUCGCCGUGGAUGAAAACGGUUACACUCCAGCUUUGGCUUGUGCCCCGAACAAAGACGUGGCCGACUGUUUGGCGCUGAUACUCGCCACCAUGAUGCCCAUCUCCCUCAGCAGUCCCAGCACCAUAUCGGGCCUCGCGUUUACCACCAUUAACCAUUACUCCAGCCCAUCCAAGACCGUGACCUUUGACCCUUUACCAAUGCUGCGGUCCGAGCACGUCUCCUACCGUAAAUUCAACAGCCUGGGCCGUGAGGACGGCCUCAUCGUCCCCGAUGAUGAACUCAAUGAUUCAGACUCAGAAACGUACUGACAACAUGCCCCUCAGUGUCUUAAACUAUCGCCUCAUUGGCCGAAUGGUGACUAUGCUGAUUAUUGCCGUCCCUCCGUGACCGGUGAGUCCGAAGUCUCAGGAGAAAGCGGAAAAACAGGAAAAUAAGAGCCACAGAAGUGGCCAACACUGCAGUUUGACCAGUCCAGUUCUGUUUCUUCUCUACAGUGUCAACGUUUGAACACUCAAGCAUCACUAAUACUCAUUAUUUAAAUUCAUUUUGUUUUCUGCUCAUAUUGACAGCUGUGGGACUGUAAUUCCCAGCAUUCAUGUGGAACGUGAUGGAUUCUUGUAACUGCAGAAACAGGAAAACUAAAGACGUCCGGGACCAAGAGCUGCAGACUUUCCCUCCAGGCUUUACUUUUAUCCCCGUUUGUGCAUGAAGAUUGAAUUUAGGUUUGCAACAUCAUGGAUUAUUUAUUAUAAAAAAAAUUGGAGAGUUUCAGAGUUCAGAUUUAACGAGUAUUUAUUCCUCUGCUGUUGUGAGGAAUUACAGCGUUCUUCCUGUUGUGUGUGAAAGAGAGAGAUUAUGAAUAAUUUGAAUGACUGUGUGUGUGUGAUUUAUUUUAUAAGAGUUCAAAGACAAUGAAAAGAUCAGGUGUGUGACUUGACCUUUUGGUACAUUGUUAAUAAUUAUUAAUAAUUCUAAAUAAUAAAUCAUUUUUGCCAUAAGA